AUCCGCGUAAUUCGGUCUUCUAAUUUAAUCUCUUUCGCACACUCAAGAUUCAGGAACUACGCAGGCACCGAGAGUCUUCCAUGAUUUGCCCCAACAUCUACCUCAUUCACCUCAACAUCUCGGAAUUAGAUGUUCAGGAUCCGGUAAUUUGUGAGAAAGGGUACUGAGAUUCGGAAGGGGCAUCAUUCAAUGCGUGGAUGCUGUUUCUACAAUUUGCGUAAGUUUUACCGCAAAUCGUCAUUUUUUGAAGGGAUCCUGAGGAUAAUGUGAAGAUUGUAGCCGCAGCAAAUCGGAGUUGUUUGUUUGCAGUCUAAACUUGGAAGAAAAUUAAUUACACUUUGGGAUACUUUCCUUUUCUGCAUCUGUUAUUGAAUGCAAUUCUUUGAUUUAUUAGGAAGAUCUGGUUGAUGGGUCGUGUCUGGAAGUAGAUUCAGAUAAGAUAAAGCUCACUAGAGGAGAUCCUUAGGUAGUUAUUAGUUUAGAAGCUACAUGCUUCCCCUUUCCAUAUAAAACUCUCUUUAAUUUGGAAACUCAUGAGUUUGGGUUCCCCUAAAGGCUUUCCUACAAUGGCUGCAUUCCCGCGGUCCCUUUUGUCAAUUGCAAUAUCAGUGGGAGGCCUGGCAUUGUUCUUGAUUCUUGCUUCUUGUCUUCUAGUUCAAUCUCCACUUGGAUCCACAGUUCAAAGUUACUUUUACGGGGUUGAUAGUUCAAAAAAACUAGAUAUUUCUGUCUCCUCAAGCAAUCAAACUACCUCUGACUCUCCUCUUAGCAAUGUUGCUGUAAUUGAUAAGAAUUCACCCUCAGGGCCUAGUUUUGAAUUGCCGAUGAUUUCAAAUGAAUCUUCUGCUGUUAAGAAUAAGGAUAUGAGUGAUACGAAUUCUCUGACAUCUAAGCCCGAUUCACAAUCGCCCAUGAGUAGUUCACUAGUGGAUCAGCCAGUUCCAGCAGUACUUUCUGGUGUAAGGCAAGAAGAGGAGGUCAGGAAUGGUUCAAUCGAUGGAAUAGGGAAUAUUUAUUCCUCAAAUAAUUCUGGUAAUGGAGAUUCAAGGAUGGAUGAUAAUAAUGGAGAUACGUCUUCAGGCUCUACAUUGGCGGCAGAGAAAUCCAUACUUCCUCUGGCAAGCAAUGCGUCCAAGACUGAUUCUGUUGAUUCUGGCUGUGAUCUGUACCAUGGAAGUUGGUUUUAUGAUUCUUUGGGACCAACAUACACGAACAACACAUGUCCUAUCAUCACGCAGAUGCAGAACUGUCAGGGAAAUGGAAGACCUGACAAGGAGUAUGAGAAUUGGAGAUGGAAGCCGUUUCAGUGUGACCUUCCACGGUUUGAUGCCAAGAAAUUUCUAGAAUUGAUGAGAGGAAAGACCUUAGCUUUCAUUGGCGAUUCAGUUGCUCGAAAUCAGAUGGAGUCUAUGUUGUGCCUUCUCUGGCAGGUAGAAGUUCCAAAAAACCGGGGGAAUCGGAAAAUGCAACGAUGGUACUUCCGGUCAACGUCUGUGAUGAUUGUCCGGAUAUGGUCCUCUUGGCUUGUUCACCAAACAUCUGGACCACUUGACUUUGCUCCGGAGGGUUUUGUGAAGCUUCAUCUUGAUGCUCCUGAUGAUGAGUUAAUGAAAUACAUCCCAGAUUUUGAUGUGGUUGUUCUUUCUUCUGGUCACUGGUUUGCAAAGCAGUCAGCCUAUGUCAUUAACAAUGAGAUUGUGGGAGGGCAGUUGUGGUGGCCAGACAAAUCUCGUUCAAUGAAGGUUAACAAUAUUGAAGCAUUCGGGAUAUCUGUUGAGACAAUUCUCACUGCUCUUGCUACACAUCCAAAUUACACAGGGUUGGCCAUUGUUCGUUCUUACUCCCCUGAUCACUAUGAGGGUGGGGCAUGGAAUACUGGGGGAUCAUGCACUGGAAAGGUUAGGCCUCUUAGUGUUGGUGAAUUAGUGGAAAAUGGCUUUACUGAGAUAAUGCACAAGAAGCAGGUUACUGGUUUCGACCGUGCAAUAAAGAAAAUGACAAAUAAGUCAAAGUUGAAGUUGAUGGAUAUCACUGAAGUCUUUGGGUACCGCCACGAUGGGCAUCCAGGUCCAUAUCGAAGCCCUGACCCUAAUAAAAUCACAAAACGUGGCCCAGAUGGAAAGCCUCCACCACAGGAUUGCUUACAUUGGUGCAUGCCAGGGCCUGUCGAUACCUGGAAUGAGCUUGUGCUUGAAAUUAUAAGAAGAGAAUUCGAGGGUAAGCAAAGCUCUUAAGCAUGACAUGCAUUGUUGUGUUUUCAUUGCGAAGCAGCCUUGCAUAGUUUGUUAAUUUGCUUGAAAAACCAACCUAGAAUAGUUAUGCUUGAGAGGAGUUUUAGUUAUGCUUGAGAGGAGUUUAGCCAUAGCAAUUGAUUCUCUCUUCCAAUUUUUUAAAAAUUGUUGAAUAGGACAUUUCUUUUACUUGAAAUUUAUACGUGUGGCCAGUGAUAGUGUUGCAAGGUGCAACCAAUAAGUUACAAUUCAACAAUUUCUACACAUAUUAUGAGUAUAUCUUGUCUAUUCCAAACUCCGACCAUUGCAAGAGCCUUGUGUACGAGUAUUGUUUACUUACCUAGAAAAUUAUAGGUAGCCUCACCACUUCUGGCUAGGUGGAUGUCUUGUAUCAGCCAUUUUUGUUGUUAAAUUAUCAGUCAAGAAUGUUAUUGUUGAAAAACCAAAAACUCUUUAUUUAUUUAGUGGUCAUAUAGUUCAAAAGAAAGCAGAAGUUGUUCA